AUGAUUACGAGACAUGCUAGGGCGUUCCCUUUAAGCGACGUGUUGUGCCUGCCUUCAGGUGCUUCGAAAAAUGAGCAAGGGGCGCCACAUCAGCGCCCAGGUGUGGUGAUAAGUGAGCAAGGGUUCUUGCGUGUGCCUGGACGAGCGCGGGUAAAGAAGCUAGCCCAAGACUAUAGGAUUCGUUUAGCAACUUGGAAUAUAGGGACAUUAACGGGUAAGACUAGGGAGCUAGUUGAAACCAUGCUUAGGAGGUGGAUUAGUAUAGCUUGCUUUCAGGAGACUAAGUGGGUAGGGGAGAAAGCUAAGGAGAUAGAGGACACGGGUUAUAAGCUUUACUAUACGGUUAAACUUGUGAUCGGAGAGAGUAUAGUUAAUAGUAUUAGUGCUUAUGCACCCCAAGUAGGCUUGGAUGAUCUUACUAAAGAGCAAUUCUGGGAGCAAAUGGAUGACGUGGUUCAAGGGAUACCUUUUGGGGAGAAGCUAUUUAUAGGAGGCGAUUUCAAUAGUCAUGUGGGAGUGCAUAAGUAA